AGAAUGAGUGAGAAAGUAGAAAAUGAGAUAGAAGAGAAGGAGGAGAGGGAGAUGUUUGAUCAUUGGUACCACGAGCAUCCACUUACUUUGGUGGAAGCUCGUGGAAGAGGAACCUGUUAUGGGUGUCUAAGGUAUUUUAUAAGAGGGGAGAAAUGUUAUGUAUGUAGCCAGGAAUGUGGGUAUGGUGUCCAACUACAUGAAGACUGUGCAGAGGCGCCGAGGAAUAUCAGGCACGCAAUGCACCCUCAACACACACUCACUCAACAAUUCAGCCUUUAUAGAGUGGGAGGAGGCCGCUGUUCAAUCUGCCAAAGGAGUGCCUUGGGAGUUUUUUACACAUGUGCGGAUGCAGAGUGUUCGUUUGUGACGCAUAUCAGAUGCGCGCAGGGAAGCGACAUGAUGUAUCCAGCUGAAGAUGGCGAGAAGCAGCAGAGCAGCAGCGGUGGCAUAAGUCAUCCGAGUCACCCCAAACAUGGACUGAGGUUUCUGAAGAGGAGUUGUUCCUUCAAGUGUGAUGCGUGUGGCACCGCACAUGCCAAAGGGAGUUCCUACUUGUGCAACAGAGAUGAUUGUGAGUAUUGGAUCCACGAGAGAUGUGCUUCCUUGCCUCAGAAUAUCCAAAGGGAAGAUCACCAUCACUCCCUCUCUCUCUCUUUUCAUGUUGCACCUCAAUAUCUCAGAUAUGACUACCAUUGUGAUGUGUGCAUAAAAGGUUUACACUCCAAACAAUGGAUAUAUCAUUGUGAGCUUUGCAGCUAUGUUGUCCAUCUCAGCUGCGCCUUUGACAAAUCGCUCCUCACCACUCGAGAGAAAGGGAUUAUGGAGUUUCCAAUGAGUGAUGUGGCUGUGGGUGAAGACCUAAUUGGAGCUUUUCUAAGGAGACAAGGAGUUGAUGCACAUGCACAUUCACUCAUCCUUGAUCAUCAAGAUGAUGUUGAUUAUAAGUUCCACAAUCACAAACUCAAAUUAGUCUCCUCCUCAUUAUCAUCAUUUCAAGAACAAAAAGAAGAAAAUAGUGAUGUUUAUGAUGAUGAUGAGGAAGACUACUCUAGUAGAAAAUCGGAGUUAAUAUGUAAUGGGUGCAUUACUCCGAUACUUGUGAAACAAACAUCAUUAUCAUCAUCUUCUUCUUCGUCUUCUUGUUCAGGUAGUAGUAGUAGUAGUAAAGAUAACAACUACUACUACAUGAGAUGUAGCAUCAGCUCAUGCAAAUACUAUCUUCAUUUGGCGUGCUUCCUCUUGCCAACUCAGCUCUCCUCUCUUCCUCUCCUCCACAAACAUGAGAGAGAUUACUGCAGCCUUGUCCUUCGAUCCGCUGACAAACUUAAACCAUGGGAGUGGUCAUUUUGUCUAGUCUGUAGGAAAGAUACUAAUGGUCUGUAUUAUGCUUGUACAAAAUGCAAUGGCUUCAGAGUAGAUAUAAAGUGCGCUUCAAUGCCGGACACCAUAUAUCACGCAGCUCACCCUCCACACCCCCUCAACUUUCGUUCUGCACAACAUACGCUUAAGAGACAAGGUUUCAUCAAUUGUGAUGCCUGUGAAUACUUAAUAUAUGAAGAUAACAGCUACGAAUGCGGCAGCUGUGAUUUCAGCGUGCACUUUAAAUGCGCAGGGCUGCCGGCAUCAACCACCAGCCUUAAAUGGGACAAGCACCACCCGCUGCUCUUGACUCACGACGCCACUCUAAACCGUCCCGGUGAUUUCUACUGCAAUCAAUGCGAGCAAGAAAUGCAUCCCAAGCAUUGGAUGUAUCACUGCCGCAGCUGCGAUAUAUCCAUCCAUCCGAGAUGCUUUCUAACCACAUCCGGCGAGUAUAAAAACAUCAAAUUGGGACAGGAAUAUGAUGUGAAAGCAGAAACCCAUCCACACCCUCUCACCUUUCAACUUCUCACUACAAAACGCCGCUGCGACAUUUGUGGUAAGGAUAGGCAUGAAGAGACUGGUUUUUACUGUGCAUUCUGCAACUUCUUCAUUUGUCUCAACUUCUGCGGUGAAAAAAUUAUCAGAGAUGGCAACAUUGAGGCCGUGGAUUGAAGAAAAAGCUCAAUUGUGGACUUAUGUUUUUGUCUUACCUUAUUUGUUUGAGUGUGUUUUAAAUUUAGUGAAGGUUGUAGCUUGCUUCUUUUUUA